GCGUGAACGUCUGGAGAGAUAUAUAUAAAUAUAUAUGUAGAACUACAUUCAGUCACAAUAUAGUCGCAAUAUAUUCAAAAAACGCGUCGCCAAAGUCACACAUCGUAACAGUAAAUAUUUACAUCCCAAACGAUUAUAAAUACAAAAAAUAUUUAAAAACGAUCUCAUUAUUUCAAAUUCAAUAUCGUUCGCAAAUCAGUUAAUUUGCGCCAAAAAUCGCGAAAACCCAGAAGGCGCUUCGCAUCCAGCCGGUCGUUUGUUUAGUAUUUCCCCCACUAUAUCCCGUCGUUUCACGGCACACUAAAUUCGAAGAGCCACCACUGUGUUAAAACGCCGCAACAUUUUGAAUCUAGCGUUCCGAGGUAGAAGACUGUGUUUGUCAGUGAUUGUGAUUUUUUUGCCAAAAAAUAAUUAGAAAAUGUCAAAGAAAAACGGAAGUGCUGCGGCUAAAGUAGCCCUUCUUCAGGGGGCUGAAAAGCCUAUUAUUGCCCAAUUUGACCAGAAAAAGGGUGGUGUAAACACAGUUAUAAUGACUAAUUUUAAGUGUGACCAAAAUCAAGUUCCUACUCAAUCGGCCAAUGGGUCCACUGUACCGCUGGUGGGUACGCAGAAGCGGGACGCAGAAGUCGGAGAAUACGAUCCGUUCCAGCACAGAAGUCUGCCCCAUCCUACAUCAGACACGGAUACUCUCAUCCAUUUGCUCAAAGGUAGCUUGGGUUCUGGAAUCCUUGCCAUGCCCUUGGCCUUCCACCAUGCAGGUCUCUUUUUCGGCCUGGCCUGUACGUUCGCGAUAGGUUGCAUCUGCACCUAUUGCGUCCACAUUCUCGUUAAGAGCGCCCACGAGCUCUACAGGCGGCAAAGGGUGCCGUCUCUCGGUUUCGCAGAAGUAGCGGAAGCCGCUUUCCUCACCGGCCCCAAAGCAUUCCAUCCUUGGGCCAGGUUCGCUAAAGCUAUGAUCAAUUUCUUCCUGGUAGCAGAUCUUCUAGGUUGUUGCUGCGUUUAUGUAGUAUUCGUUGCUAAAAAUGUGAAACAAGUGGUAGACGUAUACACACCGGAGGAUUACCACUACGAUUUAAGGAUAUACAUGGCUACCAUGUUGCCCAUUCUAAUUCUUAUUAAUCUCCUCAGAAAUCUCAAGUAUCUCUCUCCAAUGUCCAUGAUGGCUAACGUUUUAGUUGGCGUAGGUUUGGGUAUAACUUUCUACUAUAUCUUCAGCGAUCUUCCUUCCUUAGACUCAAGGCCGCAUUUCUCCAGCGUUACGACUCUUCCUGCCUUCUUCGGUACCGCCAUAUUUGCUUUGGAAGGUAUUGGUGUAGUUAUGCCUUUGGAAAAUAACAUGAAAACACCCCAACAUUUCAUUGGGUGUCCCAGUGUACUAAAUAUUGGAAUGUUCUGCGUAAUUAUGCUUUAUGCUUCAGUUGGAUUCUUUGGAUAUUUGAAGUAUGGAGAUGCAGUGGAGAUUGGCAGUAUUACUUUGAAUCUUCCCGAUGUGCCAUUGGCCCAAUCCGUAAAACUAAUGAUAGCCGUCGCCAUCUUCUUCACAUACGCGCUGCAAUUCUACGUCCCAAUGGAGAUAAUCUGGAAGGCGGUAAAGAAUAACUUUGAGAGAAAAACAUUGGCAGAAUACAGCAUCCGAAUCUCGCUAGUAACACUUACAGUAAUACUCGCCAUUCUGAUACCGAACUUAGGCGGUUUCAUCUCGCUAGUAGGAGCUGUAUGCCUGUCUAUGUUGGGUCUCAUUUUUCCAUCAGUUAUAGAAUUAGUGACCUUCUACGAAGAUCCGGGUUUGGGCAGGUUCAACUGGCGCCUAUGGAAAAACAUGUUCCUUAUUUGUUUCGGUUUAUUAGGUUUCGUUACUGGAACCUACGUCAGUAUACAGGAGAUCAUCCAAGGUUGAGACCCUUUAAUAUUUUCAGUGUUUCUAGGGUCGCCCUCGCAGGGAGUCUUAUGCGGGAUGAGGGUUUUGCUUCACCGGCUGGAACCCGGUUGUUCCUUUCACACCAAGAAAUCGAUUGAACUAUCAAUCGAGGCUCGGCAACGGAUCAGCUGAAAAUUUGAUUUUCGCUAGGAAAACAUUCACGCGUUGUCAUUUUUUGAUAAGGAGCAUCAUUGUAUCGGGGUGACAGUCGGUUACCAAGGGGGGUUGACGGGGAAAUAACAUCAAAUCUUGUUCGUAAAGCAAUAGAAGACAGUCACUGACAGUUAGGUAUUAGGCAUUCUAACGUACUGUCCAAAUGGUUGCUUGAUGAAUUUGACAGUGUGAGUGUUUUGUGCUUCUGACACACAAACGUUCGUUUACUAUCAACUGUCAAAUUGUUUUUACAUAAUUUAGUUUAACUAACAAUAACUUUCUGCCUUGAGGGUGGAUUUUCAAUAAAAAUACGAUGUAGUGUGCGAUUAUAUUAAUAGUUUUUUUUUUCAGAGUUGCUCGUUUUACGAGAAGACACUUUUUUUUUAAACUCGAUGUAAAAUUGGGGUUUGUGUGUCUUCUUCAUCAGGCAACCAUUUUGUUUGGAAUGCCUAAUAUUAGGCAAUCCAAUGUCAAAAAAAUGCAAUAUGACCGACGGUUGGCAAACAAUAUAAACAGAAGUUUUUUAACCUAACUUUUUCAUUAGUAGUUAGUUAUAUCUCAUAGUGAAUUUGCUAAUUGUUGGUUUCAGAACUGUUAAUUUGAAUAUUAUUUUAAAGGGUCCUACUUUAUUAAUUUACAGUGUUUGCCAAUCGCCCACCAUUUUAGGUCACGUAAUUUGGAUUGCCUAGUCAGUCAACUGCGCAAAAUCCUUGACUGCCAGUAACCGUUUCUGAUUGCUCUAUCAACAAGACCAAGCCGUAUAUAGCAGGCAGGCGUCUGACAGAAUUUGUUCGCUAAAUCAUAGAAUUCUGAAAAUAUAACGCCUUUAUAUUGCUGUAUCAUUAAAAACAAAAAGUAAAUGAAUUAUCUAAUUAACAAUUUUGAUUCUUAAAUAGGUAAUUUAAUAUUACCGAUGCCUUUUAAAGAUACAGGGAAAUUAAAAUACUAAUAAUUAACAACGAAAAAAUAUAUGACACUGAAACUAGACAAAAAUUGGGUUGCUUUUAAGGAGGUAUUGGUUUGUGAAGGGUCAAAAUGUAGGGUAAUUUUGGGAUUUUUUUCUAUGAGAAAAAGUCAAGAAGAAAUUUUGAAUAAAAUAAUUUAUAAACCUAUCGAAAAAUAAAUAUACCAAAAUAUUCAUAAUAUCCUUGAUACCUUUCUAAUUAUCAUAGAUUUUAUAAUAUAUCUAUUAUAGUCCAAGCUAGAAUCUUUAAAAACCACACUUUAAAAAUUAAGACUUGUAUGAAACAAGUUUGGCUGAGAGCUAUAUCUUUGAAUAUUUGAAAUUUAUGAAAAGAAAUAUUUUUUUCUACAUCCACAUAUUAUCUUAUCAACGCACAGACUAUAAAACGAAAAAGUAUGCUAUUGCGUUCAACUGAAUGAAUAUAUUUCAUAUUCAUUCUAGGUAGUGAGAACACUACAAAAAAAAAAUGAAAUCCACCAAUCACAGUUUAUAUUUUGGUCACCCGAUUACUAUUAGUUUUAAAAUAGGUAAAUAAGUGGAGGGAGUAGGGGUGAAUCGAAAAUCUGCAGAACGCAAAGGCGUGCAACUUUCCAUUUUGCAUGGAAGGUGUGAUUUUUGUUUGCCUUAAAGUCCAAUCCAUCGUACCCAAAAUUUAUUUUCCUAAGUCUAGCGGUUCCAUUAUAAGAGACAAUGGUACUGAACUAUUUUGUCUUUGCCUUUUUAUAUAUAGAUAAACUAAAAGAAUUUAUAAAAUUUGCAGAUUUUCUAUUGUGGGUCGUAGAAAAAAUAUACUAUACAACUCGAGUGGAUUGUCCAUAUCUACUCUUGUUGUACAAACUACUAUUAACGUACUUAAGGAUAAUAGCUAAAUAAAAGAAGAAAAAAACUUAUUUUUUGAACUCUAUAAUAAAACGAAUACCUUCUUUAAAAAAUAUAUUAAACCAAUAAAAAGCAAUUUUAGAUCAAAUACUCAAGUUAUGAAUUUUAUUAAAUAUAAUAUGACAACUAUUUUUCUAACAAUGCAAUGGUAGAUACAUUACAUUACUUUUAACACGUUCACUGCCUUAUACACUAUCAUAGACUAUAGAUUCAUAUCUUAUUUUUAACAUAAUAGACAAAUAUCCUCCUAAUAUACGAAUUCAGUAUUUUUUCCUACGAGUAUUAUUCUGAAGGUGGUGUAGACACCUAAACAAUUAAAUACCUAUAUGUAAAUAUAGCCUAUUGAAACUAAAUUACACUAAAAUCACAGCUUUAGUCUAUCAGUGGUAAAAUUAAAAUGAUGCCUUUCUUUCUGAUAUUUUGACGUUUUCGAGUACCAAUUAAUGCAUCCACUAAACAAGAGCAAUCAAAAAU